AUGCCAUCUAUUUUAUAUUCGACGACAUGUUAUAUCAAAAAUGAUCUCUAUAAUUUAAGUAUAUAUGUUGAUAAUAACGAGCAAAAUUUCACUAAUACCCAAUUAACAACAGAUCCAUUUGAAUUGACAUCUAAUGAUAUUCCAAUAGAUAGUAUUGUGCCUUCAUUAACACGAUUACGUUUUGAACCAGUAAUUGAGAAAAAGAAUACAAACGUUCCUAAGGAAAUUAUUCUUGACCAUUUACUUAGUGUUCAACAAACAAACAUAAAACCAAAUGAAAAUAGAAAAAAUUUUACUGAUGACGGCGAAAUAAAUAAUAUAAAUAUUACAACAGCAUCAUCUGUUGCACAAUCACGACGAACAAGUUAUACAACACUGAAUUCAGUUAUUUCAGAAGAUACUAUACCACAAAUACCAACAACACGUCGAACAUCUGGUCUUGGAAGAUUGUUUUCUGUUCAAUCACAUAUGGAUAGUGCAACUAAUUUAGCAUGUAAAACAUUAAUUAAAUUAAGUUAUGUUCAUGUAUUGAAUUCAAUUCGAUGGAAUAUAAAGCGAUUAGAAAUUGAAGUCGACACAGAAGAUAUUGCAGAGAGAUUACAGUUAAACUUAAAUUUAUGUUUAUCAACACUGAAACAACGGCCACAUCGUUUAUUAGCUUUUGUUAAUCCAUUUGGUGGCAAAGGUCGAGCACGAUUUGUAUACAACAAAUCAAUAUUACCUAUAUUUGAAGAAGCAAAUAUAACUGUUAAAUCAAUUUAUACAGAACGUGCAAAUGAAGCAAAAGAUCAUUUGGUUCAUGUAGAUUUGAAUGAUUAUGAUGGUAUCAUUUGUGUUGGUGGUGAUGGUAUGUUUGCUGAAUUAUGUCAUGGUCUUUUAUUGCGAACAUCUCAGGAAGCACAAUUAAAUAUAGAUGAUCCACAAAUAAAUUUAAUUCGACCUAAUUUAAGAAUUGGCAUUAUACCAGCUGGUUCAACAGAUGCCAUUGCUUUUGGUACAACAGGUCUUAAUGAUCCAGUAACAAGUGCAUUACAAAUUAUUGUUGGUGAAACACUUUCAAUUGAUAUUGCAACAAUUCACAAUGAAAAAGGAUUUGUACGUUUUAUGGCAGCAAUGCUUGCAUAUGGAUUUUUUGGUGAUAUUAUUUAUCAAUCAGAUAAAUGGCGUUGUCUAGGUCCAUUAAGAUAUGAUAUAGCUGGAUUUUGUCAAUUUAUUCUUAAUAAAUCAUAUCAUACUGAAUUAACAAUUACAUUAUCACCUUCGAAUUCACCACAAUCAGUAUUACCAUCGAGUAAUGUUAAUGGUGAAGUUGAAACAUCUAUUAUGCCUAGUUUACAACUAUUAAACACUAAUACUGAUUCAAAAACAAUUGGAAAUAAUCAAAUAGAUAAUUCAUUAAAAGUUCUUGAAAAAAUUGUUUUAUCACCAUCAGAAUUUUGCAGAAAAAAUUGUGAAAAAUGUGCUACAGAAGAAAACCAUGAUGUUAAUAGAACAGAUUCACCAUUACAAAUAACACGUGAAGGAAAAUAUACAACAAUAAAUUGUCUUAAUAUGCCAUGUCGAUCUGCAAAAAGUAGAUUUGGAAUAUCUCCAUUUGUCCAUUUAGGUGAUGGAACAUUUGAUUUGAUUCUUGUUAAACGUUCUUGGCGUACAGGUUUUCUUCGUUUUCUUUGGCAAGUUGCUAAUGAUGGUCGAUCUAUAGAAGAUUUACCUAAUGUUGAACGAUAUUGUGUUAGUGAAGUUUUUAUACGUCCAAUACAUACGGAUCGAAAACGACGUGGUAAUUGGGCAUGUGAUGGUGAAUUAAUACCUGGUAAUGAAAUCAAAAUUCGAAUUCAUCGUCAAGUGCUUAAUCUUUUUGCUUCGGGUAUACAAUGUGACAAAGUCGAAGAAUAUAAUUCAAUAAAACAAAAGCAAAAAACAGGAUGUUGCCGAUUUUUUCGAAGUAGAAAACGUAAAAAUCCAAAACAUAUAUAA